CACCUGCCACUGCAGCACGGAGACCGUCCGCAGCCCGCCCCACCGGCCAUGUGGCGUCCUGGGCAGUGCUGAGGAGGCGUGCUGUGGAGGGAGCCCAGAAGCGGGUCCCUUCAGACGCGUCUACACUGGCGGAUGAAUUCUCACUACACCGAGUCUUACAGGUGUACCGACCUUUUCGCUUAAUUAGUUAACUCACCGCAAUCCUUCCUAAAGACAGAAAGCCGCAUAGGAGAAAUGCCCUGUGCCCGCAUUCGCUCACCGUAGCGUCCUCUGAAAUGGCGAAAUUUGAAAGAAAUCAACUGAAGCAGCAGCGGGACAAGCUGAAGCAGUACCAGAAGAGGAUCACCCAGCAGCUGGAGCGCGAGCGCGAGAUCGCCAGGCAGCUCCUGCGGGACGGGAAGAAGGAACGGGCCAAGCUGCUGCUCAAGAAGAAGCGGUACCGGGAGCAGCUUCUGGACAAGACAGAAAACCAGAUCACCAGCCUGGAAACGAUGGUCCAGAGCAUCGAGUUCACCCAGAUUGAGAUGAAGGUGGUCGAAGGGCUGCAGAUCGGAAACGAGUGUCUGAAAAAGAUGCACCAGGUGAUGUCCAUAGAGGAAGUGGAGCGGAUACUGGAGGAGACCCAGGAGGCCGUGGAGUACCAGCGGCAAAUAGACGAGCUCUUGGCGGGAAGCUUCACUCAGGAGGAUGAGGAGGCCAUCUUGGAGGAGCUGAACGCGAUCACUCAGGAGCAGAUAGAGCUCCCAGAGGUUCCUUCAGAGCCCCUUCCCGAAAAGAAACCAGAGAAAGUCCCCCGCGAGGCCAAGCCCAGGCAGGUGGAGCUGGUGGCGGCCUCGUAACUCGGCCUCCUCUCACGGGACUGGCGGGGACUCCCCAGAGCCUGGCGCCCAUAGAGUUUGGGUGCGUGGCCAGCCCUGACCCGGCUCCCGGGAGGCCGGCACCAGGCCAGGCCGGUCAGGUGCUGACAGCGCAGCGUGGCGCAAUGGGCUUGGUACCAGGAGGGCUCUGUGGAGCGCUUCCCUGGCACUGCGGCCUUGCUCUCGUUUCUGGAUUAAAUGGCAACAUUCAGACCCUCCAACCACACGCAGCUUCUGACGCUGCGGCUCCCACGCGGCCACAGGCAGGCCCAAGGCUCCUGGUGCCGGCCACUCCUGUCCCCGGCCCUGCAAGGCUCUGUGGGCCGCCUUCUCUGCAGCUUGCUGUCUUCUUGGGAGGGCACAUCAAACCCGGCUUCCUUGCCCGCCCCUCCCUCACUGCUGCUGCUGCUCCCAUCAGCUGGCCGGGGCUUCACUUAGGGAGUGCCUGCCUUGGCCUGGCUUCCUGACCUGCCCAGUCUCCCCAUCGGUUCACGGCUGGAAACUUCCCCUCUUCCGUGUCGACAUUCGAGGGUGUUGGGCUGGCGGGGCUGGACGCACCCUGCUUGGCUGACAGCGGCCGAGCCCCGACCGGUCCUUGGCACCAGCGGGAGCUCAACCCUGCUGCAAAGGGACAUUCCUGCGGAGCCAGCGGUCUCCCGGGGGUUCCCGGAGGUGCUGAUGGGCCUGCUCAGGGGUGCGGCCCCCGUCGCCUGGGAGCCUGCUGGGCCCCCGGGGCUCUCCAACAAGGCGAUGCUGUCGGGGGUGGUCGCGGUUCUCUGGCCAACGGCUCAUCCUGGCAUUAGACAAUCCCGAUGACGUCUCCCUGCCACCUGGAACAGAAAGGGGACCCUCCCAGCCCCCUCACAGGUCAGCCCCGUAUUAAAGUUGAUGCCUGCA